CAGCACCGAAUAAAAAUGGCGACCUCCAUGCAAAUUGAUAAUUUUUCCAAUCAUCUUGAUGAAUUUCUUCAGUCAGAUUCCAGUGCAUGUAUGUUUUGCAAUGGGUUUUAUGGUAAAAGUUUUGGACAGCCAGUAUGUAGCACAUGUCACCUAUUUCUCUUCUCAUCCGAUAUAAACAGAGAUGAAGGGGAGGAGGAUAUCUACACUGAGAAAGCAGAUUCGGGAGAUAGUGGCAAUGAGGAGCCUGAGAUGGCCCAGGAUUUCUGUGAACACAGUCAUCUACCGGCCAGCUCUACACAUGUCAGGGCGUCACAAAUCUCACACAAGAUGGAUAAAUUGGCAGAGAGGAUUGGCAUGCUGACGUUACCCCGGGAGAGAGAUCAUGUGCCAGAGGGACUGGUAGAUUCUUUACCUCCAGAAGUUUUACUGGUUGUGUUCAAGUACCUGGAUGAUAUUUCCCUGUGGACAGCUGGCAUGGUUUGUCCUAGGUGGCAGCAGCUACUACAAGGGGAAACAAAUGACUCGAAAUGGCGGGAAUUUACAAAGCUGCGAUGGCCAUUGUUCAACCCUCAUUACAAAGUGAAAAAUUGGAAAACAAUUUAUACAAAACUGCUUGAGAGUUCUCCGUGUAGAUAUUGUCUGGAAAGUAUGAUGCUACAGAGUACACCUCCUAUAGAAGAAAAUUCCUGGAGACAUCGUAGGUUGAGAAGCGAACUGAAAACUCUGAAAUCAGAUCCACCAGAAGGUAUUCGGGCUGAGCCCCUGGAUCGGCAUUGUUGUCAUUGGCAGGCUUCCAUCACGGGACCACAAGGGAGCCCGUAUGAGGGUGGCCUGUUUCUUCUCUAUCUACAAAUUCCAGACAGUUACCCUAUGAGGCCGCCAAAAGUACAGUUUAUAACAAAAAUAUUCCAUCCAAACAUCAGUCGUCAUGGAGAUGUGGGACUGGAUUCCAUUCACUACAACUGGAGCCUGGCUUUGACAAUAUCUAAAGUUCUCAUUAGUAUACAGUCUUUAUUAACGGAUCCAUAUUGUGAUGUGUGCAUGGAACCAGCAAUUGGUUCAUUGUACAGUAAAAAUAGACCAGAAUUUGAUAGGAUAUCACGAUUAUGGACAUGGAAGUACGCUAUGCACGAUUUUCUCAUGCCGAUGGAAAUAGAUCUGAAUGGAUUAUAGUUCUUUUUUUAUUCUGGUAGUGGGGUUGCAAUUUCCUACUUGUAUGUGUACAUGUAAGGUUUUAUUAUUGUGUGUGAGGUGACAGAAUUUUUCUCAGUUUUGUGGUACACGCUCAGUAUGUACAUUUGUAUUUGUAAAUUAUAUUGCCCCAUAUCCAAAGUUUUAAAAAUGUAGAUUUACCUGUAGUGUCCAGCUUGAUUGAAUUCAUAUAACAAUUUUCAGUGGACACUCUUUAAAUACUACCUGUACAUGUAUCAGUAUGUAAGUUGCAGCCUCACUAUUAUUUUAGGGUUGUGCAAUUCAAAAAUUGUUAUGUCUUAAGUUGUUAUUUGUGCUAGAAAUGCAUAAUCAAUUAUAUUUGUCUUUUUAUUAUAGUUUUUAACUUGACUACCAGAUGGUAGAGUUGUUACAGUUACUCGAGUGCAUUUCCAUGGCUCCCACUAACGCAUUUAUAGCCACUGGUAUUUUCCUUGAAACAGAUGAGCAGUCAAGAUUUUCCUCAUACAAAAGCAAGGCCAGGUUGUUUGGCAUUUUUAGCUCACCUGUCACAAAGUGACAAGGUGAGCUUUUGUGAUCGCGCAGCGUCCGUCGUCCAUAUGUCUGUUAGUGCGUAAACUUUUGCUUGUGACCACUCUAGAGGUCACAUUUUUCAUGGGAUCUUUAUGAAAAUUGAUCAGAAUGUUCACCUUGAUGAUAUCUAGAUCAAGUUCGAAACUGGGUCACGUGCGGUCAAAAACUAGGUCAGUAGGUCUAAAAAUAGAAAAACCAUGUGACCUCUCUAGAGGCCAUAUAUUUCACAAGAUCUUCAUGAAAAUUGGUCAGAAUGUUCAUCUUGAUGAUAUCUAGGUCAAGUUCGAAACCGGGUCACGUGCCAUCAAAAACUAGGUCAGUAGGUCAAAUAAUAGAAAAACGUUGUGACCUCUCUAAAGGCCAUAUUUUUCUUUGGAUCUGUAUGAAAGUUGGUCUGAAUGUUCAUCUUGAUGAUAUCUAGGUCAAGUUCGAAACUGGGUCACGUGCCAUCAAAAACAAGGUUAGUAGGUCUAAAAAUAGAAAAACCUUGUGACCUCUCUAGAGGCCAUAUAUUUCAUAAGAUCAUCAUGAAAAUUGGUCGGAACGUUCACCUUGAUGAUAUCUAGGUCAAGUUCGAAACUGGGUCACGUGCUGCCAAAAACUAGGUCAGUAGGUCAAAUAAUAGAAAAACCUUGUGAUCUCUCUAAAGGCCAUAUUUUUCAUGGGAUCUGUAUGAAAGUUGGUCUGAAUGUUCAGCUUGAUGAUAUCUAGGUCAAGUUUGAAACUGGAUCAUGUGCGGUCAAAAACUAGGUCAGUAGGUCUAAAAAUAGAAAAACCUUGUGACCUCUCUAAAGGCCAUACUUUUGAAUUGAUCUUCAUAAAAAUUGGCCAGAAUGUUCAUCUUGAUGAUAUCUAGGUCAAGUUCGAAAGUGGGUCACGUGUCGUCAAAAAGUAGGUCAGUAGGUCAAAUAAUAAAAAAACCUUGUGACCUCUCUAGAGGUCAUACUUUUCAUGGGAUCUGUAUGAAAGUUGGUCUGAAUGUUUAUCUUGAUGAUAUAUAGGUCAAGUUUGGAACUGGGUCAACUGCGAUCAAAAACUAGGUCAGUAGGUCUUAAAAUAGAAAAACAUUGUGACCUCUCUAGAGGCCAUACCCUUGAAUGGAUCUUCAUGAAAAUUGGUCAGAAUGUUCACCUUGAUGAUAUCUAGGUCAAGUUUGAAACUGGGUCACGUGCCAUCAAAAACUAGGUCAGUAGGUCAAAUAAUAAAAAAAACCUUGUGACCUCUCUAGAGGCCAUACUUUUCAUGGGAUCUGUAUGAAAGUUGGUCUGAAUGUUCAUCUUGAUGAUAUCUAGUUCAGGUUUGAAACUGGGUCAACUGCUUUCAAAAACUAGGUCAGUAGGUCAAAUAAUAAAAGUCUUUUGACCUCUCUAGAGGCCAUAUUUUUCAAUGGAUCUUCAUGAAAACUGGUCAGAAUUUUUAUCUUGAUGUAAUCUAGGUCAAGUUCAAAACCAGGUCACAUGAGCUGAAAAACUAGGUCACUAUGUCAAAUAAUAGAAAAAACGACGUCAAACCCAAAACUUGGUCAUGUGGAAACAGGUGAGCGAUUCAGGACCAUCAUGGUCCUCUUGUUUACAUUAAAUUUUGGCUUUCAAUUUUUUAACUUCUACUUCAUCUAGGAAUUAAAAAGAAAUAGAUUUUUUUUGUGAAUACUGAUUUACAUAAAUUGUUCCUGAACAGUAGUAAGUUUUCAAACAAGAAUAACUUGUAAAUUCUGGUGAACCAUUCAGUAUUGCUAUCCUCGACAGGACAAAGUACACCACUUACCAUAACUUGGCUUAUAGGUUAUAACACUAAUUUUGACCAGUCUUGGAAGCAUUCUUGCCAUUGGUUACCCAGGUUGUGCUCAGAAACAGCCAAUUAGAGGCUGGAACUCCGAGGCUAGUGGGGCCUCCAUGGCUGAGGUCGUUGACUUCUAAUCACUUGCCCCUCACUGAUGCGCAUUCAAGCCUCACUCGGGGCAUUGAAAUCCUCAUGUGAGGAAGCCAUCCAACUGGCUUAUAUAAGGUGGGUGGUUCUAUCCAGGUGCCCACCUGUGACAAGAUAAUGCAAAAUGGGGCAAAAAAGGGUCUUCUUCCACCAUCAAAGCUGGGAAGUCGCCAUAUGUCUUACAAUUUUGCUGAUGCAACAUUAAACCCAACAAAAAAAUCGAAGGCUGGUCUCCAAGCUCUUGUGUUAUAACCUUAGAUACUGGCCUUGCUUUUCGAGAAACAUUGUUGGGUUGAGAUUUAAAUACCUCAAAAUUUCAGACUAGAGUGUCACAUUUGUAAGAAACUAAUCUGUCUUGCUUAUUAAAUUGAUCUGCAGUUAAUUUUGCUGUACAGUAAAAUAACUAAAUAAGGAUGUGAACCAGUUGAACAUUUGAUAAUCAUUUAACAAAACCAAUUAAAAUCAAUUACUGUAUGUUUACUUCGAAAAUUCAACAACCAUAGUAUUUUGGAAAAUUAGUAAAUUCCAGAUAUUAUGGUAAAAGCAUCUGCAGUUCGUAAAUUGAUCUAUGUCACUUGUACAAAUGAUAGCAGUGGCAGAACAAUAACAUUGAUCUGCUAUUACUAGUAUCUGUAUAUCAUACAAACUUUACAAAUAAAUGUUUUAUAUUGUU